AUGUCACAAGAAGAACAUAUGACAGACUCCACAUCGAGAUUGUCAACAGGAUCAAAUUCAUCCUCAAUUGGUCGACUGUCAACGGCAAGCAAUUCAACAUCAACCACAUCUUCCACAUCUUCCACAUCGUCAACACCAGGCCUCACUAGAGAGUCUACGAUGGAGGAAGUAUGUACAUGGGUCGGCAACAAGUUUGGUCCAGAGCUUGGAAAGGUACUGCUUGAUCAAGAGAUUGAUGGAGAUCUCCUCUUUGAUUUAACCAAAGAUGAACUUAUCAAUAAGGAGGGCCCCUACAUGCUCACAGAUGGCAAGGCCAAAAAACUCAUCAAAGCUAUCAAGCAGCUCGUAGGUCCGACCCCUAUAGGAUCACAAGGUGGCCACGCUCUCGCAACAGAGACAGAAUUUUGGAAUGCCCUUCAGAAUUGUACCGUUGAUCCAACGUCAAAGAUUCUGAGCCUUCCAAAUGGUUUACAUUUCUUGGGAAACCCUUCCAAGAGAUCAUCACUCUAUGUGCGAGAUUGCUACGAGGAGAUGAAGAAUCUGAUAUUUGCCCAGCUUGAUCGAUACGAAGCAAUCCCAGACCAGCAGGAGCCACCAGUUUUGGUGGUGGGGGCCCCACAGCCAGAUCCAAUCUAUGGCUCAUUUGUUGUGACUGGCAACCCUGGCAUUGGAAAGUCAUGCUUCCUCUACUAUCUGAUGAUGGAGUUGAAGUUCUCCUCCAAGUAUGUACAGGUAAUUGCCGUCCGAGCAAUGGAGGCCAAAGACAUGCAGAAUGUCAUGAAGAAUCUAUCAGUUCCAAAGUUCCUCCAUUCUCCACUGGGCGGAUCUUUCUUCGAGGCAGCGGUGCAUCGAAUUUUGCCUCGUGGUGGAACUUUCAAGAGAAGAAACCUACGUACCUCUAUUCAGGACACAGUUGUAUUCCCUCAAUCAGCUCCCUCCACAGACAUCAUGUCCAUCACUGACAUUGAAACAUCACCCGACAAUAUCUAUCUUCAACCCAAGUACGGCAACUUCCCGGCCAUUGAUAGUUUGAUCAAACAAACUACAUUAUUCCAAGUGACUGUAUCACUGGACCAUCCACCUCUUAUGCAGGAGCUAUCCAACAUCAUUGAUCAACUUGGAGACGUAACCAACGUGCAACUCUACUUCGUUCUUCCACCUGACCAGUAUCCUCUCUUCAAAGAGCAACACUACCUCACCACCAAGAAGAUAGUCGCAAAGAAGCUCACAGCCCAGGUAAAGAAGAUCACUCAAUAUGCUCUGUUGGUCGAAUUCGCCCAGGACAUCACACGA